AUGACUUUUCAUCCUUUUGAUGUUACGACUCCCCAUAUCAUCUAUGCCUGUCUCGGCGGGUUCAUCGUUUUGUUUGGCAUGUUUUCCCUCUUUUUACGAGAAAGAUUGUAUAUCGGAGAAGCAUGUUGGGCUUUUAUUUUCGGUAUCAUCAUUGGUCCCUAUGCACUCGACAUAUUCAACCCUCGCGCGUGGGGAAACGGAUCAACGGAAGCGACGAACAUGAUCACCCUCGAAUUCACCCGCGUCGUACUCGCCAUAGGCGUAUUCGCUAUCGGAGUCGAGCUUCCAAAAGCCUACAUGUUACGACACUGGAAAUCAUUAUUCUUCCUCCUCGUCCCUGUCAUGACUUGGGGAUGGUUCGUAUCAGCAGGCUUAAUCUGCGCCUUAAUCCCCGGCUUAAACUUCCUAUCAAGUCUCGCAGUAGCCGCAUGCCUCACACCUACAGACCCCAUCCUAGCAGCGGCAGUCGUAGGUGGGAAAUGGGCCGACAAACACGUACCAGCCCAUAUUCGCCACUUGUUGGCGGCGGAGAGUGGGUGUAACGAUGGCGCGGCGUUCCCCUUUCUCUUCAUCGCCCUCUACCUCACCUUGGACGCUUCUACGGGUGCGGCUAUACGUGAUUGGUUCCUCAUUCUCUGGCUUUACCAGAUCAUCCUCGGCGCUGUCCUGGGCUCCCUCUUGGGCUUCAGCUUCCGCCACCUCAUGAAAUUCUGCCAACGCCACGACCUAAUCGACCGACACUCCUACGUAGCCCAAUACGUCUCCCUCGCCAUGCUCACCAUAGGCGUAACGACCCUCCUCGGCUCAGACGACCUCCUCGCUGCCUUUUUCUGCGGCACCGCCUUUGCCUGGGACGGGUUCUUUAAUCGCCAAACGGAAGAAUCGGUGUUCUCAAGCGUGAUUGAUACUCUAUUCAACGUCGCUGCGUUUAUCUUCGUAGGUGCUUGGAUGCCGUUUAACAAAUUCCAGGAUGCGGCGUUGACGUUGAGCGUGUGGAGGUUGAUUGUGGUUGCGUUGCUUGUGUUUCUGUUGAAGAGGAUACCGGUUAUUAUUGCGUGUUAUAGGUGGAUACCGGAUAUAAAGAAUUUUAGAGAGUCGGUGUUUUGUGGACAUUUUGGGCCUAUUGGGAUUGGCGGGAUAUUCAUAUCAACGCUCGCAACCCAAAUUAUCCGCGAAUCCCUCGAAGCAUCUCAUUCUUCCCCUACCCACCACUCCCUUGCACAAAUUACCCUCCUGGAAGAAACGAUCCAACCCAUCGUGGCAUUCAUGGUCCUAUGCUCCAUCGCCGUCCACGGCCUAUCCAUACCCUCUUUCUCCUUGGGAAGGAGGGUGCAUUCGGUGUCGAGGACGUGGUCUAGGCAUGCUAGUAUCCCUGAUUGGACGACCCAGGUUAGGGUCACCGCUCCCGAGGAUAUCGUUAUCAAUCGGGAUAGGAGCGACGAGGACUUGGAGAGGGGGAUGGGGAUGAAGGAGAAGAGUGAUGGGAGUACCGCCGUUUUGGGCGACGGUGAGGAUUUGGGUGAGAAGGAGGACGAGGACGACUUUGGUGAGAAGGGAGAAGGAGAAGAAGGGAGUAGCGAUGAUGGUACCAAGUUGGGGCAGAGUCAGGAGUUGGGGGUUAGUCGGAGUGUGGAUGUGGGCGAGUAUAAGGGGGAUUGGGAGUAUCCUCCACGGCAAGGUUCUGGGGAGUUUUCGCAGGAGAAACAUUUUAGGCGGCAAGCACCUCGAGAAGAUUACAGAAAGCAAGUCCCACCGGAUGGGGAUGAUAUAGUGAUGGAGUGGAGAGAAGGCAGGCAGAGGGUUGUUGAGACGAAGAGGGAGGCGGGGGAUGAUGUGCGUUAA